AUGAGAAACUCUCAUUGUUGGAGAUGCGCUAACAAGAAGAAUCGAGUCCGUCGAAAGCUGGAUCAAUCCCAUAAUCAUGUAUCUACAGAUCUGUUGACGGUGUGGAAUGAAACGGCACCGCAUCAUAAGAGAAGGAAGGAGGAGGCAUCUCAGUCAUCUCCGUCGUCGUCGUCGUCGUCGUUUGAGUUGCUAGAUUCGUUGCCUAAAGCGGUGGCUAUAGAUUGUCUGGCCCGCGUAUCGAGACUGGACCACGCGGCCUUGUCUCUGGUCUCCACAAGCGUCCGGUCACUGGUGGUUUCGGUGGAGCUCUACAAGGCGCGGUCGGCGAUGGGCUACGCGGAGAAGUUCGUCUACAUAUGCUUGAGCAUGCCUCCCGACCCAAACCCACGCUGGUUCAUCCUCCGGCCGACUCUAGACUCUGCCACCGGGAAGACUGUGAAUCGGGCUCAUGCGAUCCCGUCGCCUCCCUCUCAGCCUCCGGAAGGAUCCGCCGUGGUGGCGUUGGACUGUGGGAUCUACGUAGUGGGUGGAUUAGUCGACGGGAAGCCCACCUCGGGUGUUCUGCUCCUGGACUGCCGGUAUCACACGUGGCGCCGCGUGAGCCCCAUGAGAGUGGCUCGUGCUUCCCCGGGAGCUCGCGUGGUCGACGGAAAGAUAUACGUGUUGGGAGGCUGCGAGGACGACAAGACAUGCUCGGAAUGGGGAGAGGUGUUUGACCCAAAGACGCAAACUUGGGCUGCCUUGCCAAUCACGCUAGAGGAGAGUACGGAUACGGAUACACGCCCUAGAAUGGAUUUGAUCCGGGACAGUGUGGUGAUAGAUGACAAGGUGUACGUGGCGGAUGCAGGGAACAAAAGCUUCUUCUACUCGCCGAGGGAGUGUAAAUGGGGAAGAGGAAAAAAGGAUUGGUCUGAAAAGGAACAGAUCAAAAGGGAUUGGUGUGUGACAGAUAAGGGAUUGUUAUUGAGUUGCGGUAAUGACGGGUGUAUAUAUUGGUGUGAGCCAGGGGAUUUGGAUAGGUGUGAUACAGUGGGGUUGGAUUGGAGGGAGGUGGAGGGUUGGGAAAUGCAGUGUCUGGAGGAGCAGCUCCAUGAUUCGAGAGUGGUCCACUACAAGACCGGCGAAAACCUUGAGGACUUGCUUCCCGGGGCCAGAUUGACCAGCUUCGGUCGGAAUGUCCUCGUCUUCUGGGACAAACUCGUUGGUCCUCGUGGUCGCGAGAAGAGCUCCGAGAUUUGGUGCGCCGAGAUUGCCUUGGAGCGCUGUGUGAGAGAUGAUGGGGGAUGGGAUGAGUUUGGCAGCGUUGUGUGGUCCAGUGCUAUCCUCACACCCACAGCCGAUCCUCUCUUGUGUCGCUCCAAACUCUUGUAUGCUAUCUCUCUUGAUGUCUGA